AUGGCAUGUAUCACCACUGCAUCUUAUACUUUCAAUGUUAAUGGUGAUCUGACUAAUCCUUUUCAAGCUAAGAAAGGACUUAGACAAGGAGAUCCAAUCUCUCCCUGCCUCUUUGUGAUCUGUAUGGAGUAUUUGAAUAGAGGAGAUGUGGGGUGUGUUACUCAAUUUUUUGAAGCUUUUGAUUUGUUUUCUUCUGCAUCUGGUCUCAAAGCUAACCAAUCCAAAAGCUCAGUCUAUUUUGGUGGUGUAGCUAUUAGUGCUCAAGAGGCAAUCCUUACCAAGUUUAGUCUUAUCAAAGGUGAUCUCCCGAUUGAAAACUGGUCAUCAAAGUUGUUAUCUUAUGCCGGAAGAUUACAACUUAUUAAGUCAGUGUUAUUUGGUGUGCAAACUUAUUGGAGCCAAGUCUUUACCCUUCCUAAAAAAGUUUUGAAACUUAUUCAAACUGCUUGUAAAGUCUUCCUUUGGACUGGUAAAUCUGGUAUUUCAAAAAGAGUUCUUAUUGCCUGGGAGCACAUUUGUUUGCCAAAAUCAGCUGGUGGUUGGAAUGUCAUAGAUUUGCAUUGUUGGAACCAGGCUGCCCUAAGUAAGCAGUUUUGGAACCUUGCCAAUAAGAAAGAUGUCUUAUGGGUGAAGUGGGUUCAUGAAUAUUACAUAAAAGGGAGAAAUGUGCUUCUAAUGGAAGUACCAUCACAAGCUUCAUGGGUAGUAAAAAAAGUUUUUGCUGGAGCAAAGACUUUUUCCAAUGUCAAUGGUGAUAUGUUUCAACAAGCUAACUUCGCUAUUAAGCGAAUGUAUAAUGCUUUAAGAGGUGAUUUUGUCAAAGUGAGCUGGAUGAGAUGA